UUCAUCCGUCGGUAUGCCAGGGAAGGCAAGCUUUCCCGCCGAAAGAAUGGCAUUUGGACGUCAGACAUCGUGGGGAACACUCCUAGUCCAGGUUGCUGCCGCAUUUUCGGACGAGUCGUGAUUUGCAACAUGUGUCUGCUGUUCGUGUACAUAAAUCCGGACCCAAAGGAAGGGGAAUAUAAGGUGAUUUUGGUCAAUAAUCGCGAUGAAUUCUACAGCAGACCAACUAAACCAGCCUAUUUCUGGGACUCUGGUAUCUUAGGUGGGGCUGACAUGUACACAGGCAGGGAAGGAGGCACAUGGCUGGGCAUGACUGAAAAUGGCAACAUUGCCUGUUUGCUAAAUAUAUUAAAACCAAGAGAAGAAUUCAUGAAAGACGGAGCUGCUCGAGGCUUUCUUGGAUACGGACUUAUUUCAGAUACAGAUCCCCUGUUUUGGACCCUAGUUGUUAAUCAAAGGGCCCCGGUCUAG